UAUCGCCCUUCGUUCUGCUUUUAGGUGUCAUUUCUUUCCAUCUCAAACCCCACCUUUAGCUUUCCCCUCUCUAUCAGUUUUCUCUGCCCUCGCCAUCCAUAGGAUUUUGGCUUCGGUAUUCCAACCUUUUGAUUCCGAUCUCGUAACGAAUCCUAGCUGCGCUUCCCGAUUUCUGCUCUGUCUUCAGAUAAUCUGAAAUUAAUGUCUAACGCGAGACGACGAGAUUUGUUUGAUGCCGACAAGGCCAGUGGAUCUGAUCCCUCCGACCAUCCAGCGAUUGCUGAAAAUUUUGAGGAUUCUUCGUCCGUGGACAGCGUUUCUUUGAACGGCGUCGAAUCCGCCGGUGCGAGUUGUAGGCUUCCGGGAGAGAGCGGUGGAUCGAGGAGGGAGACGAUGCUUACGCAGCGGUUGACGGAUAUACUUGUAGAUCAGGGCGAUGGUGAUCUUUUGCUCCAGCAGACCAACCAGGAUGAUCAUCUGUUGCAGUGGUUUCAGGCUCUUAAUAUGCAGAUUAUGGGGGCAUGUCGCGCUGAUGAGAGGCUCAAACCCUUGUUGAAGAUGAACGUCUCCGGCGGCGUCGCAGAAGAUCCCCUGCUAACCCAAUUAAGUCAGCAUUUCGAGCCAGCAGAGGUUGGGAUGCUUGCCAGAUGCUUCUGUGUACCUCUUGUUUCGAUACGAGUUGGAACGAUUCACAAGGAAGGGUCACGUUUGUGUCCUACUGCCAAUAGGGGAAACUUGGGUCUUACACUGCUGCCAAGUUCUGAUCUUCGUCUCUCAUUCAUUGGAGAUGAUGGCAAUGUAGAAAGGAUGUUUACCCUAACCAAAAAAUCACAUUGUGCUGCUGUUGUGAUCGAAGAAAUCCCAGAAGACAGUUCUGGUCGUUCCUUCCUUAUUAGAGGUCCAGAUGGUGUAACCUUUUACUUCUGGUGCUCAGAGAAAUCUAAGCUGUUAGGAACUGAAUUACUAGGAAAGUUGAAGGACUUGCUCAAGACGAAACCUUCUGUAGCAGAUUUGAGUGGGAUUAGCAAAUCAAGGCUCGACUGUUUUGCUACUCAGCUUCGUGCUUUUCUCAUGGGAUCGUCAAUGGGCAGUAUUCAUGAAAGUGUGGCUUGUACCUCAACACCAUCUGCAAAUGCCAUGGCUCACAAUGCUUCUCUGUCCGCUUCAAAAUAUGCCAGAUCUCGACAUAGUGGUAGUCAAGCAAUGAAGGGAAAUGCACUUUACCUUGGUAGUCUUAGUCCAAAAUCAAGUUCGUUCAAAGAGGGUACCCCUAGAAACUUUUCUUCUUUCAGGAUUGUAAGGGAGAAGCUAAAACGUCGCUGUGAUAGCCAACAGCUUGCACUUGACGACUUGUCAAAUGAUUCGUUGAAUACCUCGGAUACAACUUCAAGUCAUAUUGGUCAUGAUAAACUUCCAGAAGUCACAAAAGCAUUUCCUCCUUUAAGUUUCCUUGGGUCAUUAGGAAAUCUUACUGUCCCAUCAAACCUUGGCCAACAAGUGGAAGUCCCUCCUUUGGCUACACCACUUUUUGCCCCCCACUAUUGUUGGUGCCCCCCCGGGGUUUCAACUCAUCCAUCCCCAGCGGCACCUUCAAAAUUUCCUGUCUCGUCAAUUGAAUCGCAUCCUCUUCCCUUGGAUGCCUCCUUGUUCCCUAACGCCAUUCCAGGUAGCCUAUUGGCGCCAACACCGCCCCUUAGUCUAAGCACUCCUAUGGAAUUCCCUCCAUUCCUGCCUGAUCCCUUGAUCAGAAUGCCUCUGCCAGCUUCUCAGCAGAUUCCCACCUUCACACCUUUGAUAUGCGAUCCAAUCGUUCAUGUCCCAGUGAUUGAUGUGUGCUCUUCAGGAGGUCAGGGCUAUCUUGUAAGCGCUGGCCCUGCCAUGUCAACCGCCAUUCCACCAUUGCACCCAAAUCUUGUGAAGCCACUGAUUUCUGAAUCUGAUUCUGUGGUAAAGGGCGCAAGAGAGACUCUACGUCUGCUAAUGGGUCGUUCAAGCCAGACCAACAAACAGGUUAUGGACACUUUGCCUGCAGUUUUAACAAAUGCGGAUGAAAAACCGAGUAUAAUUGUGACUGGCAGCCGCGGUCUUUAUGCCGGAACCAGAGACGUUGAUGUUAUUGCUAACAGCAUAGCAGCCAUGGGUUUAGCUUCACUCUCUGGGGCAUCCAGAGCUGAGAGCGAUUCCCAGGAUUGUGGCGCCUGUGGAAUUCCACACGAACAGGUGAGAGAUUCCAGUGAUGCAACUGGUAGUUAGUGCCUUUCUUUGAUUCCUAGCCUACGUAAUAACGUAUUCCCUUUCUGGUAGUUUCUUAGGUUCCUUUUGUUCCUGCAAUGUGUAGAUAUGUUUCUACCCUGCCCUUUUGAAAUGUAACUAACUAGUGCAAGUUCUACCAUUCUAGCCUUUAUUCUGAUGUUUGAAGAAUAUUUCAUUACUUUGGUUUAUAUGUAGUUAGAAGAGUUAUAAUGUUCGAAUA